UAAUUAUCAUUCUUUUCAACUUAUAUCAACACGUUCCUAAGUAUAUUCUCGCUACUGGUAUUGCGAUAAACGACAGAACAUGGCUAGGGGACUAUUUGGCAGCACACCGAAACGCUCUAUGACCGAUCCUGGUGUGUUACCACGAAGGGACCGCUCAACAGCGGGACAGCUCUCAGCGCGGAGCCAUUCUCCACGGGACCGUCGUGGUGCUGCGUCGAGAGCAGACUCAGAGUGGCAUGAAGCUUCGGAGAAAGGGUCGCAACAUCGUGGCUGGCAGAGCGCAUCGCCUCAGUUUGACGCGCAUUUGACAGAGACGCCAGAAGAUUUCUUCUUGGCCAAUCAGCAACUUGAUGCUGUGGCAGAUGAGAGUAUGAUAGGCAUCGCCUUAGGGAGCCCCAGACUCGCAAGUUCCUAUAUUGAGACGACAAAGGAAUCUCCCGACCAGGAUGCCAUAGCAUCUGUUAAGACGGGAGAUACACCGACGGGAGAUACACCGCGAACUCCUCUUCGAAGGAAACCAAGCAAAUGGAAGAAAAUCGGGAGUCUGUUUAAGGGAAAGCAGUCUGCACCACGCUCGAGGUCUCCCUUUUACCAGGUUGAAGUCACCGAGGAGGACAGGCAAGAUUCUGCUUUCGAAACAAAGCUUCAGUCAGAGUCUGUACUUCGUCUUGAUGGAGCAGAUGUCAAGAAGGGGAGUCGAAGAGAGAGGAUGACGCAAGUAAUGCAGUCGCCGCAGGAGAUACAGUAUGAUUUCUCUGACCAGCGUGAAUCAAACGACGAACAACAAGAGGAAUGGCCGAUCAUUAAUUCAACGACAGAGAAAUCAUCGGACUAUACAGCAGCAGAGCCAGUGCCGUUCCUGCAUGUUGAUAUUCCGGAUAUUCACAUGGAGAGGUAUAGCAUUAUGUUUGGAAAUGUGCUUGGCAAUGAUCAGUCUUCAAGGCUGCUUGCCAGACGAAGCAAAACCCUAGAGAGCUUAGCUGUCCCUGGAACAGAACCUCCAUCAAUGUCCCAACGACCCAGCGUUCCUCGACGUCGGGCAACAUCCCCGGCAAGGUCGACUGCAUUCCCAUCACUACCCGCCCAUCCCAAGGCGCGCAAAUAUCUAGAUUCUUAUACACUGCCCCGCGGACCUAGCCCUCUGAGUAAGCUCAAGGCUGAAUCUAUCGCUAACAGCACGAAGCUUUCUGUGGCGGACAAGGACAGCUCACAUCACACGGCAACUCCAUCUUUGGACGCAUCCCAAGUCUCGGAUGUCGAUGAGUCAUUUAUUUCCGCUACAUCAGUUGAUACGCAUUCGGACUAUAUUGACAUCAUAAUCAAAGGAGAUGUUGCGCAUGGGAGAAACUAUGAGAUGGCUGUUGUGGACAGUAACUAGGACUUCUUUUCUCAACACUUAAGCCCGCUUUUUUCUCUUUUCUUUUUUGUUGAAAUAAAGAAUAAACCAAAUACCUGAAAGCAGAAUCUCCGUGAUUAACACAGGCCAAUCAAAGAAAUUAGAGAGAAAGAUCGUAAUCGCAUAUAAAAAUUGUUCCCAUAAGAAGUUGAAAUAUUUGCACACGAUAUCCCUAA